GGGCCCUCUCUUCCGGCGCGCUAACGCGAGCUCUUCCUCCAGGGGACGCCGGGCUGGCCCGCAACAUGGCUCUGGCGCAGGCCCCGCUGCCGCUACUCCGGGCGGGCACCGCGUCCAGGCUCCCCCGGUGGGAGCUCCUUGGCAAGGCCUCCCCGUGGGCUUCGCAGUCCGGCCUUCGGAUGUACGGUGCCCUUCCUGCUGCCGGGACUGUCCAGCAAGGGGACGACAGGGAGCUUCAUGACAAGAUUUUGACUGAACCCCUCAAACAUGCUGAUUUCUUUAAUAUAAAGGAACUGUUUUCCCUCAAAACUCUUUUUGAUGCCAGAGUACAUUUAGGACAUAAAAGAGGUUGUCGUCACAGGUUUAUGGAACCAUACAUCUUUGGGACCCGCCUAGAGCAGGAUAUCAUUGACUUGGACCAAACGGUCAAGCAUCUCCAACUGGCUCUGAAUUUUACUGCCCACAUGGCCUAUCGGAAAGGAAUUAUUUUAUUUGUGAGCAGGAAUCGGCAGUUCACCCACCUGAUAGAAAAAAUGGCUCUGAACUGUGAAGAGUAUGCCCACACCAGAUAUUUUAAAGGCGGUUUGUUGACCAAUGCCCCUGUCCAAUUUGGCCCUUCAGUCCGUCUUCCUGAUCUGAUGGUCUUCUUCCAUACCCUGAACAAUGUCUUUGAGCCACAUGUGGCUGUGAGGGAUGCUGCCAAGAUGAACAUCCCUACUGUGGGCAUUGUGGACACAAACUGCAACCCAUGCCUCAUUUCAUACCCCAUCCCUGGAAAUGAUGAUUCCCCUGACUCCAUCAAGCUCUUCUGCCACCUCUUUGAAACAACCAUCAAACGGGCUAAGGCAAAGAGGAAACAAAUGGAAUUCCUGUAUAGCCAGCAAAGCAAACAGAUGGCUCACAAGACAGAAGACACAUACCAGCAGCCCCCAAGCCCUGCUCACUUAGAAACAUAGACUGUGAUGGACUAAAAAACCUGAGUUUUGUAAAAUAUCACUUGACUUGUACCAAAAUAAAAACUAGACCUAAAACCUCUUAGUUCUUCAAAUCAAAA